AUGAGCGGAUACGGCUACUCGGGCUACUCGGGGCCACAGCAGGGCUACAGCGCGGGCGGAGACGGCGCACCGGGACCGUCAGCCUACAACACUUCUCCCCCUCGCGGCGGCUACGGCGGAGGUGCGGGACCGCACAGGAACAGUUACGGGCAGCGUCCUGGGCCGUACGACCGUGGAGGUCCCGGCGGAGGACGCGACAACGGCUACAACCGCGACCGCUCGCGACGCAGCGCUUCGCCCGACUACUCGAGGGGCGCAGGACAGGGCGGAGAGCACCGUGGCUAUUCCGGGCGUCCGCGCGGAGGGUACGGUGGCGGCGGAGGCUACGGAGGGGGAGGAGGAGGAGGAGGACCGCCGCAUGGUCGACCGGACGACAGGCCUUACAACCCGGCUGAGCGCGGCAGCUACGGGCGGAUGGACCUCGGAGAUCCUGUCCGACGCAACCGCGAAGGAGGCGACCGCGACGAGUCGGAAGUAAUUCGCGCCCGCGUCACCCGCGAGCGUCCUUGCCGCACUCUCUUCGUGCGCAACCUCAAGUUUGGCUUGCGCGCUGAUGAAGUCAGGAAGCCGUUCCUCGAGAUUGGCGACAUCAAGACGUUCUUCGACUUGACCGAGAAGCGCGCCAUGGCGUUCAUUACCUUCUACGACUCGCGUGCGGCGAUGAUGGCCAAGGACCGCCUCCACCAGAUGCCUCUUCACGGUCGUGCGAUCGACGUCCACUACUCGCUUCCUCGCGACGCCGACCUUGCGCAAGAAUGCGACCGCGAGAAAGGCCAGGGCACCCUCUCGAUCGCGAUCCGCAACGCUCCGCCCGGCAUGUCUCGCCUCUCGGACCAGGAGAUCUACAACCGCUUCGCGCCCUUCGGCGACAUCAAGACGGUGUACCCGCACGAGCGCAGGCCCGAGAUCACCAUGCUCGAGUACUACGACUCGCGGGCUACCGUCAAGGCGUUCGACCAGCUCAACGGGACGCCGCUCGGAGGAGGCAUUGCAGAGCUGAGGUUUGAGUGGGACAAGCCCAACCCGCCCGUCGCCGCGCCUGUCUUUACCGUCCCAGCUGCGCCCGCUGAAGGUUAUGGCUACGCUCCCGUCGGCGGACGCGUCGGAGGAGCCCCUCCACCUCCUCACGCUCAGCACCCGCCUCCUCACGCGCCCUACCCUCCCUACUCGGCUCCGCCCAUGCACGCCCCACCGCCGCCCGCUCCCGCUCCGACGCCCCCUGCUGCAUUCCACGGAGUCGAGCAAGCGAAGCGAAUGCAAGACCUCCUCGCCUCGCUCGUGCAGAAUCAGGCUCUCAUCGCCAAUGCGAGCUCGGCCGCACCUCCUCCUCAUCCUCCGCCUCCUCCCGCUCACCCGUCCGGCUACUCGCCCGUCCCACCCACGAUCGGCUCGCCCAUGUACGGACAGCCGCAGUCGAGCGUCCCGCCGGGGCUUGCAGGUUUGAUGGGCCCGAACUCCUCCUCAACUCCGCCUUAUCCGUCAAACGCUCCUCCUCCGGCAGCCGUGGCGCCAGCUUCGACGGGUGCGACGCCGGCGCAGGUGCAAGCUUUGCUGGCGAUGCUGGCUCAGCAGAAGGCGGGGCCGUAG